GGAUUGAAUUCAGCAAUCCAUAAAAAAUGGAGAAUAUUUUGCUGUAUUUCUCACUCUCUCUUCUCUCAAUUCUUGUCGUGAGAUUUCUUCUGAGAUCUCCAUCUGGCCGGAAGCUGCCGCCGAGCCCCGCCUUCCGGCUACCGAUCAUCGGCCACCUCCACCUCCUGGGCCGGCCGGCCCAACACGCCUUCAAGAAACUCGCCGACAAGUACGGCCCGGUCUUCUCCCUCCGGUUCGGGUCGCGGCUCGUGGUCAUCAUCACCUCGCCGGAGGCCGUGAAGGAAUGCUUCACGAAGAACGACGUCGUGCUGGCCGCCCGGCCGCUCCUCAACUCCGGAAAGUACAUGGCCUACGACAACACCAUCUUCGCCGCCGCGUCGUACGGCGAGCACUGGCGCAACCUCCGCCGCAUCGGGUCCAUCGAGAUCUACUCCCCGACCCGCCUCAACAAGUUCCUCGACUCCCGCGGCGACGAGGUGAAGCGCCUGCUCCGGCGGCUGGGGGAGAGUAACAACAGCCCUCCUCCGGCGUCGGCGGGAUUCUCGACGGUGAAGCUGGAGCCGCUGUUUGCGGAGCUGACGUUCAACGUGGUGAUGCGGAUGGUGGCGGGGAAGAGCUAUUUUGGGGAGAAUGUGUCGAACGAGGAGGAGGCGAAGCAAUUCAGGUAUAUUAUGAAGGAGAUUUUUAUGAUCAGCGAGGCGUCCAGCCCCGGAGAUUUCAUACCCAUUUGGAACUGGAUCGACCCCACUGGGUACGAGAAGAAGCUCAAGAACAUUGCCAAGAAAGUUGACAUUUUUCUUGUUAAUUUGAUUGAGGAGAUUCGGAACCGGAAGGGGGAGGGCAACACCAUGGUUGAUCAUUUGCUCUCCAUGCAGGUCUCUGAGCCUCAGUUCUUCAGUGACCAGAUUAUCAAAGGCCUCAUUUGGGUCAUAAUGCUAGCUGGGACUGACACACAAUCUGGAACUCUGACAUGGACGAUGUCUCAUUUGCUCAACAAUCCAGAAGUGUUAAAGAAAGCUAGAGCUGAGAUAGAUACAGUAGUUGGGCGAGAGCGAUUGGUAGAAGAAAACGACUUGUCAAAAAUGACUUACUUGCAACAAGUAAUCGCCGAGACAUUGCGAUUGAACCCUCUUCCGCUCCUUCUACCGCAUUGUGCGUCUGAAGACUGCACGAUACAAGGCUACCACAUCCCACGCGACACGAUGUUGUUGUUCAACGUUUGGGCAAUCCAUCGAGACCCGAAACUAUGGGACGAUGCACUCAUCUUCAAGCCCGAAAGACAUGCAACUCUAACAAUUGAAGAUCAAUACAAGUACCUUCCAUUUGGGUUGGGGAGACGAGCAUGCCCCGGUGGGGGCAUGGCCAAUCGUUUGGUCGGCUUGGCUUUGGCGACGAUGAUUCAAUGCUUUGAAUGGAAGAGAGUCUCUGAUGAAUUGGUUGACAUGACUGUGGGCAAUGGAAUCACUGCAUCUAGAGCUUUUCCAUUGGAAGCAAUGUGCAAGCCAUGGCCAGACAUGGAGAGAGUUUUGGUGGAAGAAGUUGGUCUUGUUAGAAAAUGAUGCACCAACAUUUGACCAUGAUCUAGAUUUUAUGUCUUCUGAUUAAAAUUAAGCUAUGAAUCGACUUAAAACUUUGUUCUUGUUUCCCUUUAUUAAAGAAUAAAGCCCAUAUCUUGUAUGUUUUUAUUUGCAAUUAUAAUUGUUUGAAGCUUGGGAUCUUUUGGGAAGAGGUAAAAGCCUAUCAUUGACGUUUAA